AUGUUCAUCUCUAACGGGCUCGCCAUUCUGUUCCUGACUUCGACAGCCCAGGCUCAGACAAGCAUAGGCCAAGCAUCAAACUUCAACAUAAGAAAAGAAGUCGCUUUAUCAUGCGGGUGCAAUGAGACAUGCCAAGAAGUCCUGACUCUCACAAACGCAGGCGACCUUGAGACGCUCGGAACCGCAUUCGACUUUGACUUUUACAACACGGCAGAUAAUUUCUCUACGUCGACUCCAGGCGAUUUGCUGAAACUGGCGGCGAUCAACAGCUCUCAGCUAGAUGUCCCUGCUGGAAUGGCUACUUUUCGAUUCCAGUAUACUUCUCAGGACCUAGAUGGAAGUCCCGUACCCUCAACUGGAUUUAUCGCAUUCCCAUUUGAAAAGCCUGCCCACGAUCGAAAGAUCCCUCUUGUCGCGUACGCUCACGGUACUAUUGGUGUCUACCGUGGCUGUGCGCCGUCAUCUUCUCCCAAUUUGUUCGACUAUGAUAGUUGGUCCCCACUGAUUUUCCGCGGCUAUGCCGCCCAUGCAAAUGACUUGUAUUAUUCGGUACAGGCUGCUCACAAAGCCUUUCCUGGAGUUUUUACCAAUGAGUGGAUGAGCAUUGGCCACUCCCAAGGAGCUGCCGCCGUGUGGAAGCUAUCUGAGCAUCCACUUGUGCAAAACGCCAGCUCAGGAUAUCUUGGGACUGUUGCAGUAUCUCCGGGAGUGAAGCUCUAUGACACCGCAAAAGUUGUCUUCGAUUCGAUUUUUCCUCGACCAGAUUUUCAUCAGUUUGUUGUCGCUGCCGAGAUGGGUCCUCUUGCAUACGGAGUCAUGCAAGCAUUUCCCAACUACACGGCUCCAUGGCUCGGUGAAGCCAUGAGGCGGAGGAUUAGCCUCACUGCUCUCGCACAGUCCUGUACCUUAGCGUUUAUGGGCAUGUCAUUCGACUUGACACGGGAGGAACUCAUUGCGCCUGACGCAAAUCCCGCAGCAGAUGAGACAUUGAAGCAAUUCCAAUCGAUCAAUGCUCCAGCACAGGGUGAUUCAGCUUCCCGACCACUUCUAGUUAUACACGGCUGGAAUGACACCUCAGUCCUCCCUGAAAUCACUGUGGAGGCGUAUCACGACGCUGUUGCGACAGGGAACGAAGUCCACUUGCUCCGGUAUCCUGGACUCGAUCAUUCCGCGACUAUAACUGCUUCAGCACCAGCAUGGCUGAAAUUUUUGGACGAUCAGUUUGCUCACAAGCCUGGACGUGGUGUAUCAACGGAUGUAACAUUUCAACCAUUUGAUUUAGCCGUAGCAAAAACACCGUUGGAGCUUCCCUUGAACGAAGAGCCGCUAUUAGGCUUUCUGCGGUAUUAG